GAUUCAACGACGACCGCCUUUGAAGAGACUAAACAGCAAACGAUUCUUCAAUGAUUCACUUCGUUUCAUUUAAACAUAAACAAUCGGUCUGUGCUGACACAACGCUAACAGGAAAAAAGCAGUUUUGAACAUUAGUGUGCAUUCAUUCAGUGGCUAGCCAUUGUAAAAUACGGUUGGAGAAAAUAUUUUCAAGAAGAAAAAAAAACAUCAGCAUUAAAAAAAUGAAACAAUUUGUGAUUUUGUCUAUUGUGGCUGUAUUUUUCCUUUAUUCUGUGGAUGCUUUACAAUUCACAGAUUGUGGUUCCAAAAUUGGCAAAUUUACAAAAGUACUUGUAUCUGACUGUGACACAACCAAAAAUGAGUGUAUAUUGAAAAGAAAUUCUACAGUAUCCAUUACCAUUGAUUUCUCCUUGGCUGAAGAUGUCACCUCAAUAAAGACUGUGGUCCAUGGCAAAGUGAUGGGUGUUGAGAUGCCUUUCCAUUUGCAGAAUCCAGAUGCGUGUGUUGACAGUGGUUUAAAAUGUCCCUUGGAAAAGGGGGAAACAUAUGAAUACCUGGCCAGCUUACCUGUUCUAAAAGCUUAUCCCAAAGUCAAUGUUAUGGUCAAAUGGGAAUUACAAGAUCAAUCCGGUGAAGACAUUGUCUGCGUAGAAAUUCCAGCCAAAAUUCAAUAGAUUCAUGACAAUUAAAAAAAAAACUGCAAAUUUUUAGAACUUCAAAUAAAUAAUUUAAGUUUUGUAAUAUGAUAAAA